UUUCUCCUCAAUGCAGCAGCAGGAGCUCAUCUGUUGGACAGUGAAACUAAUCAGGAGCCAAGUAAAGUCUUUUCAGGACUGCUAACAACAACAAGGCUAGCAAAGCUCUUCAAGUCGUCCGCUGAGCAGAGAAGUUCGGACAAGCCAAGCAUUAUUGACGCUCAGGGCGGACUGUUUCUCCUACGUUACAGCACAGAACACUUGAGCUAUGCUUUAGAAACAAGCUCUACUGCUUCAAGAGGAACAAGGUGAACAGGCUCCGGACGUCAAUCCGAAGCUCGCGGUUAGCUCGUUCACAUUAGCCGGGGGAAGACGUGUGCGGGUAGCGGCCAAAAAAAAAAAAAAAAUGGAGUUGGACGACGUCGUCCUCUACCAGGACGACUCCUGCAACUCGACCAUGAUGUCCGAGCGGGUCUCCGAUUUGGCCAGUUCCAUAUACCGCGAGUUCGAGCGGCUCAUCGCGAAGUACGACGAAGACGUGGUGAAGGAACUGAUGCCGCUCGUCGUCGCCGUACUGGAGAACUUGGACUCGGUGUUCGCUGUCAACCAGGAGCACGAAGUGGAGCUCGAGCUGCUGAAGGAGGACAACGAGCAACUUGUCACCCAGUACGAACGAGAGAAGUCGCUGAGAAAGCACAUUGAAGAGCGAUACAUUGCAAAUGAAGACUCCUUGGAUGGGGAGAGGAAGGAUCUCAAAGGUCGAGUGGCGACUCUAGAGUCACACUCGCGUCAGCUGGAGCUAAAAACAAGAAACUAUGCGGACCAAAUCAUCAGAUUUGAGGAGAGAGAAGCGGAACUCAAGAAGGAGUACAGUGCUCUCCACCAGAGACACACAGAGAUGAUCCAUAGCUACAUGGAUCACUUGGAGCGAACGAGACACCAGCAUACAGUAACAGCAGAGCCCUCCGAUUCAGGAGCAGGCACAUCUGCGAGAACGCGUGGGGCCAUGAGCCCCGGGCGUAUGCUGCUUUUUGUUUUUGGCUUUGUUGGGGGAGCGGUGGUCAUCAAUUCUGCUAUACUGGUGUCUCUGUCAGUGCUGCUUCUGGUUCACUACUCUGUUGCUACUGGCGGCUUACCUGCCCUGCCAUCUUUGUCCACCAUACAGCGUCCCAGCAGGAAGGAUCGGCCCAUCUCCAUGGGCAUCUUUCAAGUCCCAGGGAUUGAUGGCAUGAGCACUGACCUCCACAGGGACCCCGUGGAUGUCCAGGCUGAACCUUGGAGAUUCAAUAACAUCAGCCAUCCAAGGUCUAACACCAGUCUCAAGGAUGAACUGGCCAACAUGAGCCGCGAUGGACCUAAAUCCAGCACUCCAGCCAAGGAGGGAGGCGUCUCCAAACAUGUUCCUUCACCAGCACAAGGAGGAACGUACAAAACCAGCACCCAUGUGUCUCAGACGGGUAGCUUGACAACAAACUCCACCUCAACCAUGAAAAGUGGUCAAUGCCAAACUUCAGCGCCGACAUCGCCUGGUGGCGAUACAAGUCCUUCAAUUGAAUCUGUAGCUACACCUCAGGGACACGGUGAUCGCAACAAGAAUCUGGACGGCAGCAUUGGUAAACCAAACAGUAAGAGCAUUUCAACCGUGCAAGGUCAACUCGGACAGGAGAAUGAAGAAACUGCAACUAUGCCUCAUGAAGGCAACGAUGGCAAAAACAAUCUGGAAAAGUCUGAGGUAUUGGCGAUUAUCGAGUCCACUCCUGAGUUGGACAUGGACCUUGAUGGCUGCCAAGGAACAAGCACACCCACUAAAGGUGGCGUAGAGAAUCUAGCAUUCGAUCGGAACACUGACUCUCUCUUCGAGGAGUUGUCCUCUGCUGGAAAUGACUACAUAGGAGAUGUUGAUGAUGGAGCAGACCUUUUAGGAAUGGGUCGUGAAGUCGAACAUCUUAUCCAGGAGAAUGCCCAACUUCUGGAGACAAAAAAUGCCCUCAACGUGGUCAAGAAUGACUUGAUUGCUCGAAUGGACGAGCUGUCCUGCGAGAAGGAGGUCCUCCAAGGGGAGCUUGACGCUGUCACUCAGGCCAAGAUCAGACUAGAGGAGAAGAACAAAGAUUUAGAAGACGAACUGAAGAAAGUUCAAGCUGAACUUGGGAACAGCAAACACAAGUCUAAGACUGAGAAUGAGGAUGAUAGUGAUGUGCCCACAGCACAGCGGAAACGUUUCACCAGGGUGGAAAUGGCCAGAGUCCUGAUGGAGAGGAACCAGUAUAAGGAGAGGCUGAUGGAGCUGCAAGAGGCUGUCAGAUGGACAGAGAUGAUCCGUAUUCAUGUUUAUCCUUGUAAUUGUUACCUUUUUUAUGGAGGCUGGCAUGCGAACAAUUUGUCACCGACCUUUAAUUGCUCAAACCCUCCCUCUGCUGGAGCCACUGCUUGUGUCCAUCCCUCUAUACGUUUGUCUGGAUGCUCUUUCUUCCCUUCCCUACCCUUCCCUUCCCUUCCCUUCCCCCGCCCUCCUCCCUGCCCUUACAACUCCAGUUUCAGCCGUUUGUUCAGUUCAUCGGGCGGCGCGUCAAAGAAACCUCCCGCUGAAGCCCCGGUCAACGUGAAGUACAAUGCGCCCACAUCGCACAUUCAACCGUCUGUCAAGAAGAGGAGCAGCGCCUUGCAGCAGCUGCCCAGCGACAAGAGCAAAGCCUUUGAUUUUCUCAAUGAGGAAUUGGCAGUGGAGAGCAUGGUGUCCAGGCGAGAACAGAAACGGGCACAGUAUCAGCAGGUUAAAGCCCAUGUCCAGAAAGGGGAAGAGGGCAGACUGCAGGCUUGUGGCUGGAGUCUCCCCAAGAAGCACAAAAACAAUGGUGGCCAAGAGGAGAUGAAGGACCUACCUGUCCCGGUUUUCCUACGACCUUUAGACGAGAAAGAUGCCUCGAUGAAGCUGUGGUGUGCUGCUGGCGUGCAUUUAUCUGGAGGUAAAACCAGAGAUGGGGGUUCCAUCGUAGGAGCCAGUGUAUUUUACAGCAACGUGUCAGGACCAGAGAGCCCCAAAAAGAAAACAGGAUCUCAGAGCAGCUUGGAAAAAUUGGAUCAAGAACUCAAGGAACAGCAAAAGGAACUGCGACAACAUGAUGAAUUGUCAUCGUUGGUGUGGAUUUGUACCAGCACCCAGUCGACUACUAAAGCUGUUGUCAUUGAUGCUAACCAGCCCGGAAUCAUCCUUGACAGCUUCAUUGUGUGUGAUGCCCACGUCCUUUGUAUCACCAGUGUUCCAGGUGCAAGAGAGACGGACUAUCCAGCAGGUGAGGAACUCACCUUGAGUUCAGAGACUGCGCCUGUCGAAAAGGCCUGUUUGUCCAACAGCAGUAGCAGCACAGCCAGCAGUGAUGGCGUGCUUGGAGGCAUCACUGUCGUAGGCUGCACAGCUGAGGGAGCAACGGCUGUCCCUCAGACAGCAGACGGUGCAGGCAAAGAAAACGGAGAAAUGGAAACCACUGAGGAGAGUGGAGGGUCUGCCCGUCAGAGAGGAGUAUACAGUGAAUAUGCCUUCACUGAUCCUUUGGGGCUGCAGCAGACAGCAGAGGCUUCCACCAAGUCCUCUCAAAGCUACCACUUGCUCGACUUGGGGAAACCUCACUACUCCAUCCGCUGCAUGACUGUGGUGCACGACAAGGUGUGGUGUGGUUUCAGAAAUAAGAUAUAUGUGGUGCAGCCCAAAGCUAUGAAGAUUGAGAAGUCAUUUGAUGCACACCCCCGUAAGGAGAGCCAGGUGCGUCAGUUGGCAUGGGAUGGUGACGGCAUUUGGGUAUCUAUCAGGCUGGACUCCACCCUCAGGCUCUUCCACGCCCACACUUUCCAGCACCUACAGGACGUGGACAUUGAGCCUUAUGUCAGCAAGAUGUUGGGUACGGGGAAACUGGGCUUCUCAUUUGUGCGCAUCACGGCUCUAAUGGUGUCAUGUAACCGUCUGUGGAUUGGUACUGGAAACGGAGUCAUCAUUUCGAUCCCUCUCGUAGAGAGUGAGUAUUGAAUUGAAUCUGUAAUCAAUUAGUGUUUUUGUGGAUACGUUGACUUUAUCAUCUGUAAACCAACUCAGAUUUUUUUAGACCGAUAAAUGGAUAGCUGAUAGAUGGGAGGAGUUAAGUAAGGCUAUGCAAAAUGACUUCUGGACGGCUUUGAGGAAAUUCAGGGUUCCCAAUCUUUGCUUGAAAUUAUUUUGCAGAACUUUUCCGGGACUUCUGCAGGACUAUUUCAUCUG